AUGUGGUGCUGCCAGGGAUGCGCUCUCCGGAAGCGCGAGGCGGCGAGCGCCAGCCGGCCAUGGGAGGAGGAUCAUCCCUACCUGACGUUGGUGAACUCGCCGUACCAGCGGGGCUUCUACUGCAAUGAUGACUCCAUCCGCUACCCCUACAAGGUGGACACCAUCACCCAUGGCCUCAUGGCUGGGGUCACCAUCCCCUGCACUGUUGCCAUUAUCUCCACAGGGGAGGCGUACCUGGUCUACACAGAGCGCCUCUACUCCAAGUCGGAGUUCAACAACUACCUGGCCGCCCUCUACAAGCCUUGUCCUCCUGCAUCUCUUGCUCUGCAUCCACAUCUACAGCAGGUUUGGUCCUGCCAAACCUUAACCGAGCUGCCCACACCUCUCUCCUGCCAGCUCUAACUCUCGCCAGGACGGAUGAUGUGGGCAGCCAGAGGUGAUGGAUGGCACUGCCAAAGCUCCAGAACCUGGGAUGGGACAGAGAGACCACCGCUGCCCACCUGGAAGCAGGUGAGGACAGGAGAGUGCAAUGACAGGGCAGGAGGAUCCACCAGCAGCUUUGUUUCCUCGCUUAGCAGUGCUGCCGAGCUCUGCCACCACCCUGCCCUCACGCUGGGGAAAGAUAUUGGUGGGGAGGACCUCAAUGUCCCCCUGCGAUAGUCCAGAGCCACCUUGAGAGCAUCGUCUUCCCACAAGACACACGCCUGUCUCACACCGGAGGGUUCCCCAAGUACUGCAUCUUCA